AUGGAAAGCACACUGAAAAUCUAUAUCGACAAGGAUGGAAACAAGCCCAUCUUCCAUCAACCAAUACUCAAGGGGUUAUAUGCUUCAGAGGGAUGGUUAUUGAAACUGAUGCAGGGAUAUAAGCGCUUUAUUGUGAAGGAUCCACGAAAGGCGCAUCUGUUUUAUAGGCCAUUUAGUUCACGGAUGCUAGAGUACACUCUAUAUGUACGCAACUCUCACAACCGUACAAACCUAUGCCAAUUUUUGAAGGAAUAUUCUGAAAAAAUUGCAGCAAACAAGUUUGAAUUUGAUGGGAAACUGAAUCCUACUUUUUUGGAAGGGGCAUUUAAGCUCCCAUUAUCAAGCAUACGAGCAUAUCUAAAAGAGACUAUUACUCCCAGGCUCGUGCGCGGAGGUUUUGCAGGAAUUACCCGACCUGACAGGCCUGGACUUGAUCUAAGUAAACAACCUCCUGCUGUUCGCUUAAACAAGGAAUUGGAUUUUAUCCUGACAUUCAAGUUGAAGGAGGAGGAUUUAAUACGGGAAAGUGGAAUACCAUAUACAAUUGUGAGGCCUUGUGCAUUAACUGAGGAGCCUGCCGGAGCAAAUCUCAUUUUUGACCAAGGAGACAAUAUAACGGGUAAGAUAUCAAGAGAGGAAGUUGCUCAUAUUUGUGUUGGUGCGUUGGAAAGCCCCUAUGCGUCUGGCGAGACAUUUGAGGUUAAAAGUGUUGUGCCAUUUACAGUGGACCCUCAAAAUCCACCCCCCGAGAAGGACUACAAUGUUUACUUUAAAACUUUGAAAGAUGGAAUUACAGGAAAGGAAAUCCUCGAACAAGAUCCUGUACCAGUGUAAUGUUUUGCAUACAUAGAGCUCUAAUUUCAACCUUGACUCUGUGUACAUACUCGUAGCAGAUGAAAAGCAGAGGCUUCUACGGGAACAUACAUAAGCGACUAAGAUUAUAAAGUUCUGUAGGACAAAUCUACGUGACUUAAAAUGUUUCACCUGAGAUGAUAGGUUCUCACUUUCAAAAGGCUAUAGCCUUGAUCAUGAUGAGGUCCAAAUCUCCUGAUUAUGUAUAGAGGUUUGAAAUUUUAUUUCAAUUCAGCUGUAUAAUGUUAUUUUCUUUUCUACGUAUGAGUAGCUUAUAUAAUGUUUUCUAAUGAUUUUAAAAAUAUACAUACAUAAAUUAUUGUACAUGUGUUUGGCCUUGAAUGUUAAGUUAAAGACAUUGGCAGAAUCAUGGCUUGUAACCAUUUCUAUGGUAGCGCAGCACACACGGUUUGCAGCCUCGGCAUAAAAGUGAAGAUGGAGAUCAAUGGCACAGUUUUAUAUCAAAUCAAGAAGGAAAUUCCAAUGCUGCGGCUUAUAAAACUAAGAAGGGUUCAUAGAGCAAGCACUUUCUGUACACUACAGGCAGAUUGUA